CUGUUAAAUAACUUGUCUCAUUCUACAAACAAUAUACUUAUGUUUUCAUUUUCUGGAAUUGAUGAAUACGUUAAUGGGUCACCGUUUCCACAGUGUUAAACAUUCAUUCUUUCUGCUUGUUUGUUUCUUAUGGAUCAAUCACAUGAGACUUGAGGCCAAGCUCUUGCCUCCUGAAGAAGUUCAAACUCUUGAAGCAAUAGCAAUGAAGCUAAAAAUUAAACACUGGGACGUUAAAAGGAGUUCCUGCAGUGGCGGUGGAGGUCUGAGUGUGGUGUUUGACAUCCCUCAGCCAGUUAGCAAUGUGACUUGCGAUUGCACGUUCAGCAACAAUUCAGUUUGCCAUGUCACCCAUAUCCAGCUGAAGCGCCUCAACUUGACAGGAGAACUACCUUCCGAAUUUUCAAAACUUGUCUUUCUGCAGGAAUUGGAGUUGGCUCAAAACUAUAUACAUGGAACUAUCCCCAUUUCUUUUGGUCACCUUCCUUUGAUAACUCUAAGCCUUGUGGAUAACCGUAUUAGUGGUUCGAUACCAAGGGAAAUAGCUAACAUAUCAACACUUGAAGAGCUGAUCUUGGAAGAUAAUCAGCUAGGAGGAACUCUACCGACAGAGCUUGGAAGUUUGAGGAACUUGAGAAGACUCCUGCUUUCUUCUAAUAACUUCACUGGAAACAUACCGGAGUCAUUUCAUACUCUAAAGAAUCUAUCAGACUUUAGGAUAGAUGGGAGUAGAUUGUCUGGAAAGAUACCUGAUUUUAUCGGGAACUGGACUAAAUUAACGAUAUUGAAUCUGCAAGGUACAUCUAUGACAGGUCCUAUUCCUUCAAGUAUCUCCUUUUUAAAAAACCUACAGGAGUUGAGGAUAUCUGAUUUGAGUGUAUCUGUUUCAAGUUUCCCAGAUUUGCGGUAUAUGACCAAUAUGACAUACUUCAGGAUACUCCGGAGAUGCUUGAUUAAGGAUUCAAUUCCAGAAUACAUUGCUGUGAUGAGAAGUUUAAAUACACUAGAUUUGAGUUUUAACAGGCUAUCUGGACACAUCCCAGAUUCAAUUCAGCCGUUGGAGUCCAGUCUAAACUUUUUGUAUCUGAAUAACAACUUACUAAAUGGGGUGAUACCAAGCUGGAUAUCUGACAGCACAAGAAAUUUUGAUGUAUCUUACAACAAUUUUACUGUGCCAACAAGUGAAGAUAGAUGCCAGAAAUCUAGAGUGAACUUGGUUGCUAGCCAAUUAUCUUCAACCAGCAAUGCAACUUUGUGGUGCUUGAAGGAAGACCUCCCUUGCCCCGGGAAUACCAAAUAUUAUUCACUGUUUAUUAAUUGUGGAGGUCCCAAAAUAGAGGCCGGGGGCAAGGAGUAUAAAGAGGACUUGGUAACGGAAGGAGCAUCUUAUUUUUAUUAUCCUACAGAUCGAUGGGCUUAUAGCAGUACAGGUGUUUUCAUGUAUAAUGACAGAUCCAACUAUGUUGCUAGUAAUACCAAUGUGACUGGAGAAAAAUACUAUCAAACAGCUCGCCUAUCCCCUUCUUCACUCAAGUACUAUGGUCUUUGCUUGCGAAAGGGUGCCUAUAAAGUCCGUCUCCACUUUGCCGAAAUACAGUUUUCUAAUGAUGCAACCUUUAACAGUAUUGGAAAGCGCAUUUUUGAUAUAUCUAUCCAAGGAAAUGUUGUUUGGAAAGACUUUAACAUUGCAGAGAGAUCUGGAGGAUUUGGAAAGGGAAUCACCUUGGAGCACGAUGUCAAUGUUUCUGGUAGCACUUUAGAGAUUCACUUGUACUGGGCUGGAAAGGGGACUACUGCAGUUCCUGAUAGAGGUGUAUAUGGGCCUCUUAUAUCAGCAAUUUCAGUAACGCCAAAAUUUAAUUUCAAAACCAGAGGACUAUCAACACAAGCUAUUGCUGGCAUUGUGGUUAUUUCACUUUUGAGCCUUGCCUUGAUAUUAGUUGUACUCUGGAUCAGUGGUUUGCUAGGAAAGACAGACGUUUUAGACAAAGAACUGCGUGGAGCAAUUGAACAACAGACAGAUUAUUUUAGUUUGAGACACAUCAGAGCUGCAACUAAUAACUUUGACCGCGCAAAUAUGAUUGGUGAAGGAGGAUUUGGACCAGUUUACAAGGGUGUACUACCAGAUGGUCUAGAGAUUGCUGUUAAACAGCUCUCCUCUACAUCUAGGCAGGGAAACCGAGAAUUUAUCAAUGAGAUAGGCCUGAUAUCUGCUUUACAACACCCGAAUCUCGUGAAGCUUUAUGGAUGUUGUAUUGAAGGAAAUCAGUUGUUGCUAAUAUAUGAGUACUUGGAAAACAAUAGUCUUGCUCGAGCCCUUUUUGGUCGUGAAGGACACCAAUUAAACCUCACCUGGAUGACGAGAAAGAAGAUCAUAUUGGGUAUAGCAAGAGGCUUGUCUCAUCUUCAUGAGGAAUCAAGGUUAAAAAUAGUUCAUAGAGACAUAAAGGCUACCAAUGUAUUGCUUGAUAAAGAUCUUAACGCAAAGAUCUCAGACUUUGGUUUGGCCAAGCUUAAUGAAGAAGAGAACACUCAUAUCAGCACAAGAGUUGCAGGAACAGCUGGGUAUAUAGCUCCAGAAUAUGCAAUGCGGGGACAUUUGACUGACAAAGCAGAUGUGUACAGCUUUGGGAUUGUAGCGCUAGAGAUUGUUAGUGGGAGAAGCAACACAGGUUACAUGCCACAAGAGAAUUUUGAACACCUUAUUGACUGGGCCUACAUCCUUCAAGAACAGGGAAAUCUUCUGGAAAUUGUAGACCCGAUUGUUGGCACAGAUUACUCCAAAAAAGAGGCGAAAAGUAUGUUAAAUAUAGCUCUGCUAUGCUGUAAUUCAUCUCCUACCCUUAGGCCAUCAAUGUCUGCCGUUGUAACUAUGUUGGAAGGAAAGAAGAAAGUUAAAACACCCUGCACUACCACGCACACCACAACAAAUGACAAUGUGAAGCUUAAAGUCUUUACAAAGCCUUCACACCGCGACAGUCGAACACAAUCCUCUCCGGAAAGUCUGGGAGCAAGGAGCACAGCAUCAACGGACGAGUCAUGGCACGUUGAUUCAUCAAUAUUAAUUCCAAGUAAGGAUGGCAGCAAACUCCUUGACGAUCUGUAUGAUUUAAAUUUAGAAUAAUUACCAUGUGAUCUAAAUUGCUGAUUGUACAAUGUACCUGCUGUUGUUUGCAUUGAGACCUUAAGCUCUUCUGAACUCCAGUCUUGUAACUCGUUUAUUCUUUGUGCAUUUUCUUGUGGUGUAAUGAGGAUAAUUAUCCUCGGAAGACCAUGAAAACACGAUAUUACUAUACUAUUACGGAAAUUGUCAUGGUUUUUAAUAUAAAGUUACAGAUUUGUCACUAAA